GGUUGGGAAGAUGGCGGCUCCCAGCCUCCUCAACUGGAGGCGGGUUUCUUCCUUCACGGGGCCGGUCCCCCGCGCCCGGCACGGACACCGGGCCGUGGCCAUCCGGGAGCUGAUGAUCAUCUUCGGUGGAGGCAACGAGGGCAUCGCGGACGAGCUGCACGUCUACAACACGGUUACAAAUCAGUGGUUCCUACCAGCUGUUAGAGGAGACAUCCCUCCAGGCUGUGCUGCCCAUGGAUUUGUCUGUGAUGGUACCAGAAUAUUAGUAUUUGGGGGAAUGGUUGAAUAUGGAAGAUACAGCAAUGAGUUAUAUGAGUUACAAGCAAGUCGUUGGUUAUGGAAAAAAGUGAAACCCCAUGCCCCUUCUUCUGGUUUACCUCCUUGUCCUCGGCUUGGACAUAGCUUUUCUUUGUAUGGUAACAAAUGCUAUUUGUUUGGUGGCCUGGCAAAUGAAAGUGAAGAUUCAAAUAAUAAUGUUCCCAGAUAUUUAAAUGAUUUCUAUGAAUUGGAGCUACAGCAUGGUUCUGGUGUUGUGGGUUGGAGCAUUCCAGUGACUAAAGGAAUUGUGCCUUCUCCAAGAGAAUCUCACACAGCUGUUAUAUAUUGCAAAAAAGACUCUGGGAGUCCUAAAAUGUAUGUUUUUGGUGGAAUGUGUGGUGCUCGCCUGGAUGACCUAUGGCAACUUGACUUAGAAACUAUGUCAUGGUCAAAACCAGAAACUAAAGGGACAGUGCCCCUUCCACGAAGCCUUCACACAGCCAGUGUUAUAGGAAACAAGAUGUACAUUUUUGGAGGAUGGGUUCCACAUAAGGGGGAAAAUAUUGAGGCUUCACCUCAUGAUUGUGAAUGGAAAUGUACAAGUUCAUUUUCUUACCUAAAUCUGGAUACCGCAGAGUGGACCACCCUAGUAUCAGAUUCUCAGGAAGACAAAAAAAAUUCAAGACCAAGACCAAGAGCUGGACACUGUGCUGUUGCAAUUGGCACUCGGUUGUAUUUUUGGAGUGGAAGAGAUGGCUACAAAAAAGCACUGAAUAGUCAAGUUUGCUGCAAGGAUCUUUGGUAUCUUGAUACUGAGAAACCACCAGCGCCAUCACAAGUACAACUGAUCAAAGCCACUACCAACUCUUUUCAUGUCAAAUGGGAUGAAGUGCCUACAGUUGAGGGCUAUCUUUUGCAGUUGAAUACUGACUUGCCAUAUCAAGCUGCAUCAUCAGAUUCUUCAGCAGCACCAAAUAUGCAAGGAGUCAGGAUGGACCCUCACAGACAGGACAGUAAUAGCAUCAUUCCUAACAGUAUCAGUGAUACAAUGAACAGUGCAAAAACUGAACAUACAGCUAUGAAAGGAACUUCAGUGAAAAACAAACCAGAUCUCAAAUCAUCGACUGAUUCUAAUGCUGUUUUACAUUCACCUUUGGCAACUAAUGCUUCUAAUCAUAAUAGUUGUAUGGUGGAUAUGCUAAGGAAAAAUGAAGGUCCUCACACUUCAGCAAAUAUAGGUGUUCUAAGUAGUUGCCUGGACUUAAGAACAGUAAUUCCUGAAACUUCUGCAUCCAGUACUGUUUGCAGCGCACAAACUAUGGUAACCCAGCAGACCAUUAAAACUGAAUCAUCCAGUACAAAUGGGGCAGUUGUUAAAGAUGAAACUUCACUAACAACAUUCAGUACCAAAUCUGAAGUUGAUGAAACCUGUGCACUGCCUGCAACUAAGAUCAGCCGUGUGGAGACACAUGCUGCAGCAAUGCCGUUUUCUAAAGAGACUCCUUCAAACCCAGUGGCCACAACGAAAGCAGGAGAACGACAGUGGUGUGAUGUAGGAAUUUUUAAAAACAAUACAGCGUUGGUGAGCCAGUUUUAUUUGCUGCCAAAAGGGAAGCAAAGCAUCUCAAAGAUAGGAAAUGCAGACGUCCCUGACUACAGUUUACUUAAGAAACAAGAUCUUGUUCCAGGCACAGGAUACAGAUUCAGGGUUGCUGCUAUCAAUGGUUGUGGAAUAGGCCCUUUCAGCAAAAUCAGUGAAUUUAAAACUUGUAUUCCUGGUUUUCCUGGAGCUCCUUCUGCAGUCAAAAUUUCAAAGAAUGUUGAGGGUAUCCAUCUUUCCUGGGAACCUCCAACUUCACCUUCUGGAAAUAUUUUGGAAUAUUCAGCCUACUUGGCAAUCCGCACAGCACAAAUACAAGAUAAUCCAAGUCAACUUGUUUUUAUGAGGAUUUAUUGUGGUCUUAAGACAUCAUGUAUAGUGACCACUGGGCAACUUGCAAAUGCACAUAUUGAUUAUACAUCCAGACCUGCCAUUGUGUUCAGGAUAUCAGCAAAGAAUGAAAAGGGAUAUGGACCAGCUACACAAGUUCGAUGGCUUCAAGGUAACAAUAAAAAAGCACCUUUAAAUUGAAUUGUUUUUACUAAAGCUAUUGUGAUUAUGGUUAUUUAUUAGUAACUGGUUAUGAAGAUUUGUCAUUUAAAAAGAGUAUUCUUUGUAUUUCUAUCAGUUAUGAAUUUGAAUUUGUAAGCUGUUCUUAAAAUGUAUUUGCUCAAUUCUAGACCCAAAUAAAAAUAGAAAAGAAGCAAAGACUCUCUGAGAUUUAGUAUAUGGAUUCUUUGUUUUAGUCAUAGCUCUUUUAUAAAGGAAAAUACAAAAUUAAGAUAAAAGCUAGAAGACAUUAUUACCCCAAUAUAUUUUUUAAAGGUCAUGUAACUCAGUCAUCCUAGGGUUAUUGAGGAGAUCCUAGUAACUGGCUGUUGUACAGUGUGCUGUCUUAUACCGUAAACAUUCCCUACAUUGUAAAGGCCCUGUCUAUGAGUACUUCCUCUAACUUUAUAUGAUCAGUGAUCCUCCCACUACUGUCUCCUAUUGGGUAAUAUUUGUUUUACUAAUCUUAGCAGCCAUUUGAUUUCUUUGUUUAUAUAUAGUUAGCACAGAACUUAAUGAAAUUUAAAAAGAGGCAAGUUCAGAAACUGCUUUUGAAUUUUUAUUAUUUUUCCAGAAUUAUGGCAAAAUAUAAUGGGUUUUCUCGAUUCCUAUUAGGGUGAUAUAUUGGAAUAUAUUUUUGGCCAAAGCACUUAAUUUAUCUGGCCCUCAAUUUCCUCAUUAAUAGAUGAGGGAGUUUUAAAAAUUUACCUUUAAGGUCCCUUUCAGCACUUAAAUUCUUUUUUUUCCUCAGAAGUGAAGUAUAUCCCUGAACAUUUUAACAUCUGUUUUAAUGGCCCUAACUUUGCUUUUGCUGAAACUAAAACAUUCAAAAUUAAACCGCAUGUUCCCCUUAUUGCAAAAAGAAAGAAGCACCUUAAAAGGACACAGAUUUUGAAAUAGUGUUUUAAACAUUUGUAAGAUUUUUGUAAAUGCUCUAAAUAUUUUAUUUUUGCAUUGUUUUUACCUCAAAAUUGUAUAAACUUUUUUACAACGGAAAUAUAAGCAUUAGAUAGCUUACUCAGGUUCCAUUACAACCUUAAAGAUGCAGAUAGGCAUUGUGGAUACUCUGCUACAGGUAACCUGUUUUAAACCUUUUAGGAAUUUCUUGGUUUCACUGCCUAUUCAAAUUGGGAAUAGAUACAGAGCAAUAAUUGCACAAAAGAUAUUUCAGACUAAGAACUGCAGUAACUGCAGAGGCACAGGUCUAUCUUUUUUAUACCUUAUAACCUAUGCCAGUUUAGGUUGACUGAGUAGCUAUGUCCUCCAACUUCAUGUAUAAUACUCCAAGCAAAGAUAGAUUUAAUUGUGCAGAAUUGAUAUAUAUGUGUGUUCCAGUUACUAAUUUAAAGUGUAUAGAAUAUUUUAAUAUAUAAUUUUUGUAAAGAACUGGGAUUUUUAUACUACAGUAUUUGUAAUUAAUGUGUCUCAUUAAUUAAAUUUCUCUUAAAGAAAAUAUGCAAAUUGUUAGAUUCAUACUGAGUGAUUUCCAAACUCUAAAGAUAAAAUAAAUGCACUACUAUGGUGUUAUUAGAAUACGUUUUUGUGGCUGUAUGAAUCCUUAAUCUUUCAAUGUGUAUUUCACAAACAAUGUUUACAAGGAGCUUCUCUGGUUUGUUAUCCCAGCACCACCCUUGGUGAGAGCUUCAUUCUGCAUUUGUUUAACUCAUAUGCUUUGCUUUUUGGCAUAUGCUUGCUUUUUGCACUAGUAGAAUUUUAACUUACCUCAUUAUUAUAUUUGUAAUCAUUUGUAUAGCUUCCAUAAUGUGUCUGAUAUAGGCUAAACAAAAACGUAACCAAAGUUAAAAUAAAUGGUAAGCAAUUUUGCACAUAUUAAAUGCUAGGGUUUGUUGUGUAUGUGUGCGUAUUUAGUUAUAAAGAGUAAGAAUGGAAAGUUAUAGUAAGUAUGUGUAUCAGGCCCAAUUAUUUUAAUGACCUGUUUGCUUUAUUAGAAAAAGGUCUGGCUUUAAAUCCCUUAUUCUCUGUAUUAAUUAACAGUUUGUAUCUUGAAGCACUUCUCUUAAUGACAAGGAAUAAGCUGAUUUUAAGCAAAGAAUGGAAUACUUGUUUGAGUAUGCACAUUUAUACCUAUUUUGUAUUUGAUUUAGUUUACUUUGCUUAAAUGCUUCUACUGUCCUAGACCAGAAGGUGAAUAUGAACCUUUGGUCCUAACAUCUGCCUUAUUUUCUAGAGAGGAAGGCAUUCUUUCUUUCCGAAAGGAUUUGUUAAAAUAGCAAAUGUUUUUACUUUGAGAAUUAGCCCAGAAUCUGUUAUCAUUAUUUAGCAUUUGUACAUUAAAUACUAGUCACAUUUAUCUCUCUGAUAAGUGAUUGGUGACUGAAAGAUGCCACUGAGAAAUCUCUGUGGCUUUGACAUUAACAGUUAAUAAGAGCUCUUUGAGCUGUGUGUUCAUGACUAGAAUGGAUUGGGGUAAAUAAUAAGAGAAGCGCAUUUAGCUUAUGAUUGGUACAUUUCUAAGGGGAGAUCCCGUUGAGUAGCAGUGGGCUAUGUAAUGCAGAUGUCAUAAGAGGAUUUACACUUAGUUAAAUUAGUUUCUUUACUCCUCCCACCUGGGUAAGCAAUUCAGAUGUGCAAGUCUUUGUGCCACGGUCCUCUUCCUGGGCUCUGCAACUUUGGUUCAUUUAUGUAGUAAAAAGAUUUUGAUGUUGCAUGCUCUUAGAAUUAUGUUUUCUAAAAUAUUGUAUUGGUUUAAUUUUAGUUUAGUAAACUGUUUUGGCAAUUUAACUAGAAAUAGGGUAUUAUAAACACACUUUCACCUGCUUUUUUUAAAUGGAAAUAAUCUCAUUGCAUGUAAGAGGCCCCCCUGCCCUAUAACCCAAUUACAUAAAUAUAAUGAUCUGUAAGAAGGUGAAACUGUUGGUCAUUAUUUCAAAGACUUGUAGACUAGCAAAAAUUUGUUCUGAUUAGAGAUAUGGUCUACUAUAACUGAAGAUAUUUUUAUUAAAAGUGCAGCACUUGUAGCAUAAAAAUAAUUUGUAACAUUGAAUAUGAAGAGAUUAUUAGUAUUUAAAAUUAUUGUAGUCAUCUGGUCAUAAAUGAAGUAAGUUGCAAAAUAGACUUGGUCUUUCACCACUUAAGGUUUAACUGACAGUUAUGUUUUUCAAGAUUUACUUUAGGCAGUUUUAUGUAUUGUGUACCAAUGAUAUGUAAAAUAAAGCACCUUUUCUACUAUUACCAAGUAUAGGUGUUAUUUAUUUUGAACUAUAUGAAAGAAAAAUUAGUGAUGGCAGAGUAAACUUAUAGAAAUGUUGAUUUUAUAUUAGUCAUGUAAAAUAAUAUAGGCAGAUUCAUAAAGAAUGGAUUGUGUCUAAAAACUUGUUUUUAAGUUAGUGGAUUGUGUUAGGUAGUCAUUUUCUUACAGAAAUGUAAAGCUUAAGCCUAUUGUAGCUGAACUAGUAUGCUUGUAAGUAAAAAGGCAAAUAGCUCCAAACACA